AUGGUUCAGAAAGUGGACUAUGAAUUGGUACUAGACAUACAACUUGGGUCUGGUUAUACCACUUGCGCCAAGUUUAAUCCAGAGGGAAGUUUGAUAGCUGUUUCGUUUGCCAAUGGAACUAUCCAAAUAUUGGAUCAAGAGGGCCAUCGCGUAAAGGAAUUGAAAGGUCACACGUUGGGAGUGUCUGAUUUGAGUUGGUCUGAAGACGGAAGAUAUUUAGCGUCAGCAUCAGAUGAUACUACGGUCAAGAUAUGGUCCAUAGAGUCUUUCAAAUGCGUGAAAACUCUGGUUGGGCAUACGUACCAUGUAAACUGUGUGAAAUUCAACCAUAAGGGGAAUCUGUUGAUCAGUGGCUCAUCUGACGAGGCUAUUAGAGUCUGGGAUAUUAAUAAUUCAAAAUGUCUAAAAACAUUGUGUGCACAUAGUGAUCCAAUCAGCGCUGUCGAUCUGUCAUGGGAUGGAACCAUCAUUGUCAGUGCCAGCUAUGACGGGUUGAUCAGACUAUUUGACACCCAGUCGGGACAAUGUUUGAAGACUUUGAUCUACGAUGGGGGAGAUGUCUCCUAUCCUGUUUCGUACGUCAGGUUCUCUCCCAAUGGGAAAUAUAUCCUUGCCAGUACGCUUGACGGAGCUGUAAGGUUGUGGGAUUACAUGGAUAACAAGGUUGUCAAGACAUUUUUUGCCCAUAAACAGGGGAUUGGUGAGGUCAGCAAGAUAGAAAUGGGGAAGUACAAUUGCAACACAGAUUUUUUCAUAGAUGAGAAGGAUCCUAGUAGGAUAAUUGUGGUUUCAGGAUCAGAUUUUGGCAGCGUAUUUCUUUGGGAUGUUAAAUCCAGAAAGCUACUUAGUCUGCUCCAGGCUAGCGAAGGGAGCCCAAUUCUACACGUUCAGGUCAACAAUGGCAAGUUGCUAACACUAUCUAGAGUCGGUGAAUGUAAAGUUUAUCAACUUUAA